AUGAAUCCUCCUGGUCCCUCGGAGCCCAUGAAGGAAAAGUCCCCCAACGAGACUACAUAUGCUUCCUCGGUUAUGCGUGGGGAAGUCGAUUCUACACCCAAUCAAAAUGUGGAAACCAAACGUGGCCUGAUGUCGCGCCAUGCGCAAAUGAUAGCCCUCGGAGGGACAAUUGGUACUGGCCUCUUCGUCGGAUCUGGACAGGUCUUGCGGAUGGGUGGGCCAUUGUUCCUUUUGCUUGCUUAUAGCACCAUCACCAUUCUUCUUUACGGUGUGGCAACGGCAACUGGAGAAAUGUCCAGUUACCUCCCGAUUCCCGGUUGCUCUGUGUCUUACUAUGGUUCUAGAUUUGUCUCUAGAAGCCUAGGAUUCACACUUGGGUGGGUUUACUGGUAUAUCUUUGCCAUCACAGUGCCGGCCGAGAUCAAUGUCACCGCUCUAGUCAUCGACUAUUGGAACCCUCCCGUCCACAAUGCUGUUUGGUUAACCAUUGUCGGCGCCGUCAUCAUCCUGUGCAACUGUCUCCCAGUUCGCGUGUACGGUGAAACGGAGUUUUGGUUCGCGUCAACGAAAGUCAUUGGAAUUCUGGGACUUCUCAUCAUGGCAGUUGUGCUCUUCUUUGGCGGAGGACCGAACCAUGAUCCGCUCUACUUUAGAUACUGGGGAAACCCGGGUCCUGUUAAUGCGUACUUGGUUGAGGGCGCAGUAGGCAAAUUCGCCGCGUUUAUUGGCUGUACGACAUUCUCCGUCUACGCUUUUGGCUUCGCUCCGGAACUUCUUGUCAUCACUGGUGGUGAGAUGGAGAGCCCUCGACGGAACAUUCCCAAGGCAACCAUUCGCUACUUUUUCCGUCUCAUCACAUUCUACAUUCUCGGCGCUAUUGCUAUUGGAAUUAUCGUGCCUAGCAAUAACAAGGAUCUCUUAUCUCCGGGCUCUGGGGCCGCAGCAUCUCCAUGGGCUAUCGGUGCUCGCGAUGCUGGCAUCAAAGCCCUUGAUUCGGUCAUCAACGCCGUCAUUGUUCUUUCUGCGUGGUCCGCGGGCAACUCAUACCUGUACCUCGCCAGCCGAGCCCUCUACUCUCUGUCAGUCGCUGGACACGCACCCGCCAUCUUCAGCCGAUGUUCCAAGUCAGGAGUGCCAUAUUAUGCCACCGCCCUCAGUGCCUCAUUCAGCGCGUUGGCAUAUCUGAAUGUGGCUGCUUCGGGCUCUGCUGUCUUCAAUUGGAUGGCCAACCUGAUCAAUACCGGAGCGUUCCAAAGCUGGAUAUGCUGUUGCAUCAUCUACCUCCGCUUUCGAAAAGCCGCCGAGGCCCAGGCAGUUACUGAUAUCCCUUUUCGGUCUCGCCUUCAGCCGUUCGCAGCAUGGGUUAGCCUUAUUGGGUUCAGCAUCCUGCUCCUCGUGAAUGGAUUCAAGGUCUUCGUGCAUGGAUAUUGGAGUGUUGCUGAUUUUAUCACAUCAUAUAUUGGCAUUGCGAUUUUUGCAGUGCUUUAUAUUGGCCACAAGUUCACUGUCGGAGCCAAGGACAGGAUUGCCCUGCGCCCCGAGGAGGUCGAUCUACACACCGGCGUGGAGGAGAUUAUCCUGCAAGAGAAGCCUGCUUUGCCGGCCGAGAAGUGGUAUCAAAAAUGGAGACUCAUCUUUGAAUAA